AUGGCCACGGGGACCGACCAGGUGGUGGGACUGGGCCUCGUCGCCGUUAGCCUCAUCAUCUUCACCUACUACACCGCCUGGGUGAUCCUCUUGCCAUUCAUCGACAGCCAGCAUGUCAUCCACAAGUAUUUCCUGCCCAGAGCCUAUGCUGUUGCCAUCCCGCUAGCCGCUGGCCUGCUGCUGCUCCUGUUUGUGGGGCUGUUCAUCACCUAUGUGAUGCUGAAGAACCAGAAAGUGACCAAAAAGGCUCAGUGA